CCGAGGAGGGUCCUCGGCUGAGCUCGCGGCCGCAGGGGAUUGUGGGCGCGCACUUCCUCCCUUCCUUCUCUCUUUCUUCUCGGCCCCGACGGCGGCAGCAUGGGUAAGUGCCGUGGUCUUCGUACUGCUAGAAAGCUCCGAAGCCACAGGAGAGACCAAAAGUGGCAUGACAAACAAUAUAAGAAAGCUCAUUUGGGCACUGCCUUAAAGGCCAACCCAUUUGGAGGAGCAUCUCACGCAAAAGGGAUUGUCUUGGAAAAAGUUGGUGUGGAAGCAAAGCAGCCCAAUUCUGCUAUCAGGAAGUGUGUGAGAGUCCAGCUGAUUAAGAACGGCAAAAAAAUCACUGCCUUUGUUCCCAAUGAUGGCUGCUUGAACUUUAUUGAGGAAAAUGAUGAAGUUUUGGUUGCUGGAUUUGGUCGAAAAGGUCAUGCUGUUGGUGAUAUUCCUGGAGUCCGGUUCAAGGUUGUAAAAGUUGCAAAUGUUUCUCUUCUGGCCUUGUACAAAGGCAAGAAGGAAAGACCAAGAUCAUAAAAAUUGUAUGAUUUCUUUGUCAUAGUAAAAAAUGUUCAUGUAACAAA